GCCCUGCCCUGCCCGGUCUGAGGUGAAGUGCAGAAGGGAAAAUGUCAGCCGGGUGGAGAGGCGGCAGAGGGGCUGGUAGAGAAACGUGGAGGGGGAGGCCGUGGCGAGGAAGAGGAAAUUGGGACAGAUCCAGGCGAGGUGAUGGAAGUAUUCAACAGCCAAAGCUUCAUCCUCGUCCAAUUCAAGGAACUUUGAAUGAAUUUAUACCCUAUAAGGGUUGGAAGCUUUACUUUUCAGAAGCUUAUUCUGCAAGCUCCCCCUUUGUACAAAAGAUUAAAGCUUUUGAAAAGUUCUUCACAAAUCAUAUCGAUUUGUAUGAUAAGGAUGAAAUAGAAAGAAAAGGAAGCAUCCUGGUUGACUUUAAGGAGCUUGUGAAUGAUAAGGAUCUAAGUGUUCUCAUGCCUGAUUUGCCCAAUGAAUUGAGGGAUAUGCCAGAAAAAUUGUUAGAUUGCCUGGGUUUGGCAGUUCAUCAGGUAAUAACUAGAGAUCUGGAAAAGCAGGCAGCUCAGUUGGAACAAGGGUUACCAAGUGAAGAGACUGCAAUUGUAAAUGUUCCAUUCAUUCAUGUACGGGUCUAUAACUAUGAGCCUUCGACAUUGUUAAAAAAUUUGCGAGCUAAUUGCUAUGGAAAGUAUGUUUCUUUGCGUGGAACUGUUGUUCGUGUCAGCAACGUCAAACCUUUUUGUACUAGAAUGGCUUUUUUGUGCAAUACAUGUGGCGAUAUUCAAAGUCUACCUCUUCCUGAUGGAAAAUACACACUCCCAACAAAGUGUUUGGCACCUGAUUGUCGCAGUCGAUCAUUUACACCGAACAGAAGUUCUUCAUUAACAGUUACGGUAGACUGGCAAUCUAUCAAACUCCAAGAACUUGCAUCAGAUGAUAAGCGAGAGGCUGGGAGAAUUCCUCGAACUAUAGAGUGUGAACUUGUUCAGGACUUGGUAGACAGUUGUGUUCCAGGUGAUAUGGUAACUGUCACGGGAAUUGUCAAAGUGGCAAAUAGUAGUGAAGGAAAAUCUAAAAACAAAGAUGACAAAUGCAUGUUUCUCUUGUAUAUUGAGGCCAACUCUAUAAGUAAUAGCAAAGGACGGAGGAACAUGGUUUCUGAAGAAGUUUCUGGUGAUUCAUCUUCCAUGGAGUUUACGCUUAAAGAUCUUUAUGCAAUUCAAGAGAUUCAAGCUGAAGAAAAUCUUCUCAAGUUAUUUGUUAAUUCAUUAUGUCCUGCCAUAUAUGGUCAUGAGCUUGUCAAAGCGGGAUUGAUAUUAGCACUCUUUGGAGGCUGCCAAAAAUAUGUGGAUGAUAAAAAUCGUAUUCCUGUUCGAGGUGAUCCUCAUGUGCUGAUAGUUGGUGAUCCUGGACUUGGAAAAAGCCAACUCUUACAGGCAAUAUGCAAUAUUGCUCCCCGGGGAGUAUAUGUCUGUGGCAACACCACCACCACUUCAGGCCUUACUGUCACUUUGUCUCGGGACAGUGGAUCAGGAGAUUUUGCAUUAGAAGCUGGGGCUCUUGUACUUGGCGAUCAAGGGAUUUGCUGUAUUGAUGAAUUUGAUAAAAUGGGAAACCAACAUCAGGCCUUACUGGAAGCCAUGGAGCAACAAAGUAUUAGUCUAGCCAAAGCUGGAAUUGUUUGCAAUUUACCAGCCAGAACUUCAAUCCUUGCAGCUGCAAAUCCAGUAGGAGGUCACUACAGUAAAGCUAAAACAGUGUCUGAGAAUUUGAAAAUGGGAAGUGCCCUUCUUUCAAGGUUUGAUUUGGUAUUUAUUCUGCUUGAUACUCCGAAUGAAGAUCACGACAACCUUAUUUCGGAGCACGUGAUGGCCUUGCAUGCUGGGAAGAAUGCGGUCUUCAGCGGUGCCACAGUAUCACGUCAAAGCACACAAGAUUUAAAUGGUUCAUUUCUUGAAAAUGCAUCAGAUAGACCUUUAUCUGACAGAUUAAAGGUUUCCUCUGGAGAAAAUUUUGAUCCUGUACCUCAUCAGUUACUAAGAAAAUAUGUAGGAUAUGCGCGUCAUUAUGUUUGUCCAAAGUUAUCUGCUGAAGCAGCUCAAGUACUGCAAGAGUUUUACCUGGAGUUGAGAAGACAAAAUCAAGGCCCAGAUAGUACUCCAAUUACCACAAGACAGCUGGAGUCUCUUAUAAGGCUCACAGAGGCAAGAGCAAGAUUAGAACUUCGAGAAACUGCAUCAAAAUGUGAUGCAGAGGAUGUUGUGGAUAUCAUGAAACACAGCUUAUUAGAUACUUUCUCUGAUGAGUUUGGAAGAUUAGAUUUUCAGCGCUCACAACAUGGAUCUGGUAUGAGCAAACGAUCCCAGGCAAAACGAUUUGUGGCUGCUCUGAACAGAAUAGCAGAACGGACUUGUAGAACUAUUUUUGAAUUUAACCAACUCAAAGAAAUAGCAAGAGAAGUACAAAUACAGGUAUCUGACUUUGAAGGAUUUGUUCACUCUUUGAAUGACCAGGGCUACUUGUUAAAAAAGGGUGCAAGGCUUUAUCAACUCCAAACUAUGUAAUUGCAGGCUAAUCAGUAUUCUUCCUUGCUGACUAAGGAUUCUCCAAUGGUAAGUAUCUUUGUUGAAUCGUUUUAACCUUGUCAAAGGCAAAAGAAGCUGAAGUUAUAUUAAUUCCAUCAGGAAUUCAUAAACACAGGGGAUUCUGCAGAUGCUGCAAAUCCAGAGUAAUGUACACAAAAUGUUGGAGGAACUCAGCAGGUCAGGCAGCAUCUAUGGAGAGGUACAAAUUUCUUCACGAGUCCUGAUGAAGGGUCUCAGCCCAGACUGUUGACUCUUUUCAUCUCCAUAGAUGCUGCCUGACCUGCUGAGUCCCUCCAGAAGUUUGUGUGUUCUACUUCCAUGAAGUAUGUCUUUUAAGUUAGAAAUCAUGUCCAUGUUGCAUGGGAGAGAGAAGAAUUAGAAAUCUACAAAUGAUCAACAUAAUAUCACAAAGGGAAGUUUGAGUUUGCAAACAGUCUUUUGUAAAAGGCGUGAUAGAGAACAGUUAGAAAUAGGCCAUAUGCAGACAUUUACUUGUCAUUUUUAAAUUGUAUUAUUUUGUCUCCAUGUUUGCAAUUAUAAAUACUUAUUUAAAUGCAUAAUGGAAAUUUCUGAUUUAAAUAUGUCAGAUUAUCCUGUCAUUUUGUGGCGUUAACCUAUUUAGAAAUAUAAAUCUAAGAAUUUCUACCAUGAACAUCUUGACCAAAGUAUAUAUAAUAAACUAUUACUUUGAAAUCAGUUGUGGGACAGAAACGAAGUGUGUGGAUUAGUGUAAUGCCUGUUUGAUGUUGCGUGUCUCAAAUUCAGAAAAACAAACUUUCAUGUCAGCUAACUUUAUUUCUUCAAUUGAGUUUUAUCUCUGCUUGUCCACAAGUAGGAGUCCACUGUGGAAAUGAUUUGAGGCAUUUGGAAAAGUUUUCAGCAUAUGUGAAAGGGAAAAAAAAAAUCAGAAAAUACUUUUCCUGUUUUGUCACUUUGCAUAUUUAUUGAAUGGAAAUGCAUAUCUAAUUACUGCAGAAAUGUUACUUUAAUAAUUAGUAGUAUGAGUUAUUUAUUUAAACAGCUUUUAGUUGAUUCAAAUAUACCGUGACUGUAUCAUUUUUACAAAUGUACUGGAUAAACCUUCUCUGAGUAUUAUAGAACUGUAUCUUGAGAGUGUAAUAAAUACUAAAAUUAUAUUUUAUUUAAGUUUAGAAAUAUACUUAAUGUCCACACCCUUACAUUGUUUGGAGUAAUAAAUUUAUUUAGACUUCCAUGUUUUUGUUUACUUAAAAACAUGAUCUGAAUUUUCAGAAUACAAAAAUUAAUUCAGAAGUGGAAUACAGAUACUUCAUGUUUAAAAGUUCAAAGUAAGUUUAUUAACCAAGUAGAUACAUGUCACAAUAUACAACCCUGAGAUUAAUUUUCUUGCAGAAUGUACUCUGUAAAUCUAAUAAUCACAAUAGAAUAAAGAGCACACCCAACAGGAUUGACAGCCAGUGUGCAAAAAAUAACAAACUCUGCAAAUACAAAGGAAAAAGGAAAACAAAUAAAUAGCGAGAGCAUAAGAUAACGAGUCCAUAGUUCAUUGGAACGGUUCUGUGAUUGGGAAGUAAAGUUAUCACCUCUGGUUCAAGAGCCCUAUGAAUGAGAGGUAUUAACUGUUCCUGAAGCUGGUAAUGUGAAUUGGGAAUGCUGCUGUACUUUCCUGAUGGCAGCAGCGAGAAGAGAUCAUGAACUGGGUGGUGGAGAGGGCUUUACCCAUGAUGAACUUGGCCGUAUCCACUACUUUUUGCAGGAUUUUUACGUUCAAAGGCAUUGGAGUUUCCAUACCACGCUGUGAUGCAGCCAGUCAAUAUGCCCUGCACUUCACAACUAUAGAUGUGAAGAUAUAAUCUGGAAAAGCAAAAGGAUUUUUUUCCAUUUCUGGUACAUACACUCUACUUUGCUCUGUUAUUACAGUAAUUUACAAUUCAUACUGUAUAAAAUAUUUAAUUCAAUGAUGUUAAUAUUUAGAGUUAGUAACUUUGAGACCCUUAAGAUUAAAGCUGCUGUUAUUCAUUUUGAACUUACAAAUGGUCUGUAAUCAUUUCAUUAAGUUUGGGGAUAAUUUGACCUACAUGAUUAUUUACAUUUAUUCUGUUUACUUACAUUUAAUAGAGAAUAAAAAUGCUGUUCUGUCUCCAUAACUAGAGAAAAACAGCAUCGAUCGGUGUAUUCAUGAUCUAGGCCUGGAAAAUUUUUGUUAUUUUAUUUGGAGUUCACACAACUUUCUGUCUCACACCACCAGUGUUUUUGAAAGUUACAAAAGGACAAGGUAUUGCUGAGUUUCCCUAGCAUCAGGUAAGGUAAUGCUACCAUACAGUAGUAUUAGGACAAGGGCUGUUAUGAGAACAACUGCUUCUUCCGGGCUGUUAAGUAUAUUUCACAAUCGUACACAAUCACAUUUCCUUUUCCAGUUUCUGAUGUGGAUGGUGUUGACAACGUGGAGUGAUGAUUUGUUUGCAGGUUUUAGAACUGGCUUAUUUAUACUGUUUUUAUUGAAAUUAUUGAUUCACAAUGUCGAAUUCCAACUGACAUGAAGUGCAAAAGAACUGCUAGUUCAUUUAAAGCAGAAUAGCUUAAUGAAACAGUAGAAACUGCUACACCGAAAGCUCACAAGUUUGGGAAUGGGUAGCUAUGAGAAAUAUUGAUGUAUAUUACAGAAACUGGGGUUGCCUGUGUGAAUUGUUGUGAUGCAAAAGUUGCUGGAGAAAUUGCAAAUGGGAAGAAGUAGAUUGAUAAAUGUAAACUUGACUUUUUAAAGCAUCAUUUCACAAGCAAAUCACAUAUGGACAGUGUGUCUAAACUCUGGUGAAAAAAUCCCUCAUGACCUGCUACAAGCCUACUACAUAUGCUUUGUAAGAGGGCAAAUGAAUGAGAGCAAAAAUGACCAAAGCUAGCCAUUAAAAUGAACACCUCUAAGUAUAAAAUUCAGAGCAAACAUGCUGUCACCACUGGACAAAAAAAUUGCACAGCACAAGAUUUUUGCACACACCUGUCAUUACAAGUUAGAGGGAACAUUGGUCAUGAGUGUCAUGGUGAGCACUGGCAGUGACUGAAUCCUGAGGAACAGUAGAUUCGGUCACAGUGAGUGCUGACAAAGACUGAACCCGGGUAUGGAGCAACACCAGACUCCCACAUCGAGACAAAAACAAGAGGUGAUUAUAUAGAAUCAAGCAUGACCAAGCAACAUCAUGAAGCAAAUCAUUCUCAACACAAGGACUCCACAAAUAAUGCUAAAUGUGAGUCCAUAAUCAUAGAAAGCAGAAAACCUGUGCCAGUAACAAUUAACUGGACAAGAUUAAACAGAAAGUACAUGGACUUUAAUGACUGUCAUUAAGACAACAACUAGUAAAAAUAGGUGCUCAAGACACCGAGAAAGCCAAAGCUCUAUGGCACACCAUAGAGCCCACAUGGUUCAUGAUAAUGAAAUGAAGAGCUAGAAGCAUUAUACUGCUUGCUUUUAAACAUGUCAUAAAUGCACUUUAUGUUAAAUGCCACUCUGGAUUUAAUUGUAAUAUUACCUUGUGAGUUUUAUAUAUUCAAUGUAUACUCAGUGCCUAUAAAAAUAUUCACCUCUCCCCCUUGUUUUAGAAUAUUGAAUCACAAUGAAUUUACUUUGGCUUUUUUGACACUGAUCAACAGAAAAAGACUCAUGUCAAAGUGAAAAAGAUCUCUACAAAGUGAUCUAAAUUAAUUACAACGAGGAACAUUAUUUCGUUUAGUGGUAUGCAUUGAAUGACAAUAAUGGCAAUAAACUUGAUCUCGAGAAUAUUCUGUAGCUGGUCUUAGACAUUCUGCACUCUAGCACUUGGGAGGCAAUACACCAUAUUGUCAUCUUUUUUGCAGCAGCAGCAGAAUCUCCCAUCUAUCCUCUUAACUAUUAAGUCUCCCAUCAUUAUUGCUCUGACUGAUUUUACUCUUACUUACUGAGAAUUAGAGCCAGCCAUUGUGCCACUGACUAGCUGCUACUGCUGCUGUGCCCUAAUAGGUCCUUCCUCCCACAACAGUGCCCCCCCCCCCCCCAGCAGUAUCUAAAGGAGUUGCUGAGGGUAAUGGCCAUGUGAAACUUGGUACUGUCACUUACUCCUACCCUCUUCCCAGUGGUCACCCAUCUGAAGCCUGCACUGUGGGUGUGACCACCUCAAGUAAAAGUUUCAUCAUUGAGGUUUCCAGCCUCCCAGAUGGUCUUCAGUACCUCCAGCUCUAGCUCCAUUUUCUUGACCUACUCAGCCAGAAGCUGAUGUUGGGUGCACUUCCAGCAGAUGUAGUCAUCAGGAAGACUGUUAGGUACCCUGGAAUCCCACAUCUUCCAGGAGGAGCAUUCCACUAUUUUAACUACCAUCCUCUCUACAUUGAAUUAAGGUCUAAGGAUAGUUAUAUAAAACUAUUACUACAUAUAACGAAAAAUCCUACCUGUUCUUACCUGCUAAUCUCGUGUGCCGCCUCUUCUCACCAAAGCAUCUGGGGCCAAAGCCACAGUUCUCCACUCUCACACUGCUCACUCCCACAAUGGCCACUCUGCUCAAGCCUCACUUCAUUUUAUUGACUCAAAUAAAUCUCACUCUCCUGAGACUUGCUUUUAAUUGGGUCCCACUCUACUCAGAUCCUGCUCUCUUCUCAUUCACCAAGUAGUAAGGCUGAUCAACACCUUCACCCACUAACCCACCCACCACCAUUACUUUAUCAUUUCUUUCUUCUCAGUCACCUUAUGUGCCUGAUGUUAUUUUAUGAAUAUAUAAUCAAUCCAUAUUCAUAAGCUAUUUAAUAUAUUUAUUGUGCUUUUUACUGUUUUUGUAUUUUUUGUGUUGCAUCAGAUCCGGAGUAACAAUUACUCCAUUCUCUUUUGUACUUGUAUAUUGGAAAUGACAUUA